CCUUCUUUCUUUCUCUCCAGAGCAGAAAUGCAGCAGAGCUUGAUCUGACUUGUCCUGCCUGCUGCUGGAAAGCCUUUUCUCGCUCCUCUGUGGACUCAGUCGGGUUGGAUCUACACGCUGUGAUAUGGCCAUUUCUAUUUCUGUCCAGUGUCUGGGGCUCAUCACACUGGCAGCGAUCCUCCUGCAGACCAUCGCGGUUGCGGUCAGCUUCAUGUACUUCAACAAAGUUCUGAACACGAUGCAGGAGAGCUUUUCCCGGAGCAGCGUGUCCUGCCUCAUGAACGCAAACCUCCACUCAGAAUUCGGGGAUGUGGCGGCCGAGGACAAGAAGAGCGACCCCUGCUGGCAGGUCACCCAGCAGCUCCACCAGCACAUAGAGAAGAAGAUUGCUGACAGAUUCCAGAAGGAGAUAUCCACUGCAAUGAGAAAUAAGCUGACGGGAAUGCUGCCUGUCCUGAGCCCUGGGGUCCGAGGGGUCCCGCUUCCUAAAGUGGCUGCACAUGUGACCGGCGUCGUCUCAUCCACGGAGCCUCCAGCAGCAGACAGCGCACGCAGCAGCAGGGGUUACAUGGGCGAGCGCAUCAGAGCAUGGGAGGGCCAGAGAGGUCUGUCCUUCCUGCAGAACAUGGAGCUGAGGGGAGGCGAGCUGCUGGUGCCCAGAGCAGGCCUCUACUACAUCUACGCCCAGACCUACUUCAGACUGCCCUCCACGGGGGAGACGGAGGGGGAGGCAAAGGAGGAGGAAGGAGCACAGCUUGUCCAGUACAUCUACAAGAAGAUGAGUUCCUACACGGUGCCCAUCUUGCUGAUGAAAUCUUCCCGAAGCGCGUGCUGGCCUCGGGGUCAGGAGCCGGGCCUGUUCUCUCUGCAUCAGGCCGGAACCGCCUUCCUGCAGCCCGCCGACCGCAUCUUCAUCACCGUGAGCAACGCCAGCACCAUGGAGAUGGACGGGAGGGCGAGCUACUUUGGGGCUUUCCUGGUGGGCUAAAGGACGCGUCCCGGACUGAAACUGAAACAGACAUGAGCAGAGGUGGACCCAGAUGUCAGGUGUUUUGCUUGAUUACAUGAGUGGGUGUCUGAAGGUACAAGAAGAAACAAGGGGUGAGGAAGCAAGGAGUUCUUCUGGACCACGGAGCUGCAACACUGAGCGGCCAAAAAUCGCAAGGGAGAUGAACCGUUCGGUUGGACCAGCAGUGACCUGGUUGCAGUUCGACCCCACACAGGAUAUUAAUUCUGUUUUAACGGCUGGUGAACAGAAUGUGCUGUAGAAAUGUGGAAUAUGCAGAGUAUUCGGGGAACAUUUGGAGCCGCACAACAGAUGCAGAUUAAAUGUUGCUGCCUUUUAUUCAAGCGAUCGGUUUUGCCCGCAGGUGAAACAGUCAACAGCCAAGUUGUCAAACCCAGGAAGCGGCAGCGGUGUUGGACACAUGACACGGCUUUUAUCAGAAAUAUGUACAAAAAAAAGAAUAUGCCACAAGACAAGAUCUUACAUGCUCAGGAUUAUGAAUGAAGCUUCUUUUUUGUUUACAGUACUUCUGGUUGGAUUUCCUCGUCGUUCAUGGUCCCACUGAUUGUGAUGUCCUUUCAAGACUGAACAAGUUUAAUAUUUAAAGGGUGUUUCCGACAUAUUCACACUUACAUGUGCCGUGAACCUAAAUCCUGACUGCCCACUUACUGAAACAUUCAAUAAAUCCCAGUAGUGCUGCUUUCAAGUU